AUGUCUAGCACCAGCUCCAGCUCCAGCUCCAGCUCCAACACCAGCUCCAGCACCUCUGAUCAGGCAUUAGAUUACUCGAGUUGGUCGAAAGAAGAGCUCAUUAUCAAAAUCAAGGAUCUUGAACAAAAGGCACAAGGCUCAAAUGGAAAGCUGGACAUGGAUAUACCUCACACUAGACCCAAUUUGAAGAAAAGAAAAGAGUUUGACUGGAGCAAACAGAAUUUUCGGUUUGUUGCUAUAAAAUUUGCAUAUCUAGGGUGGAACUAUAAUGGACUUGCUUAUCAAGCAGAGCCAACACAGUUGCCUACAGUAGAAGAAACCAUAUUGAAAACCCUUUCUAAAGUAAAGUACAUUCCUGAACCUAUAGAAGAAGUUGAUUUUGCCAGAUGCGGAAGGACAGAUAAGGGUGUAAGUGCAAUGAAUCAAGUGAUUUCCAUCAAGUUGCGAUCAAAUCUUACUGCUGAAGAACAACUAGACGCGGCAAACGACUCAAGAGAAGUUGAUUACUUGGCAGUAAUAAAUCACAAUCUACCACCUGAUAUCGUAGCCCAUGCUAUUUGUCUAAGACCACCAGAGAAUUUUGAUGCAAGGUUCAGUUGUAAGAAUCGUCACUAUAGAUAUUUGUUUAAAAAGACACUCAACUUGGAUAUUGGCCUAAUGAGCCAAGCAGCCCAGUAUUACUUGGGUGCGCACGAUUUUAGGAACUUUUGUAAAUUGGACGGAUCAAAGCAAAUCACCAAUUUCGAAAGGUUCAUAUCAAGGUCCGAAAUCAUUCCUUUGGGAGACGAUUGGUACUGUUUCAAUCUUAUUGGAACUGCAUUCUUGUGGCACCAAGUACGAUGUAUGGUGGCUAUGUUAUUUCUCGUGGGUCAAAAACUCGAAGAUCCAAGUAUCAUCAAAGAUUUGUUAAACAUGACAAAGUAUCCAACGAAGCCACAAUACGAAAUGGCAAAUGAAAUUCCAUUGGUGUUGUACGAUUGCCAGUUCCCUGAAAUGGAAUGGAAACGACUUGAUUGUGCCAAUCACUUCAACAAGUUUUUAAGCAAAUUCCGAGGUAUGCACUACAACUUGGCCGUAAAAGCCCAAAUGCUGCUGAUUAUGGAAUCUGUAUUAUUUGGACCAACAACUACAAUUGAUCAAGCUACAACAGCAAAAACAAUUCCUCUUGGUGAUGGUAUUGGCCGUAGUUUUGCAAAUUAUAUUCCUCUUGCCGACCGUCAACGAAGUGAAAAUUAUGAAAUCUUGAAUGCCAGAUGGAUGCAACGAAAGGGUCAUAAAAGACAACAGCAAAGGGAAAUAAAAAGUGACUAA